AUGUCAUCCUCCUCCUCUUCUUCUACUACCUCAUCAUCGGCUGAUUCUAACAGCAUCAACGACGAACUCAAUGACGCCAACGAAUUCAAUGACAACAAUGAGCUCAGGUGCGACGCUACUGGCGAGCCCGCUAAAACCAGCCCAUGGGGAGAUGGUCCAUUUCAACCAAAGGAAAUACCGGGCCUGCCUGGUUACUAUGUAUACACCAGGGCGGAUUUUAACUAUUGGAUGGAAGUUCAUCACCAUCUAACCUGUAUCCACAAAUCAAGAAUCUUCAAAUACUACAAGUUGGUGUCCCGAGAACAAGAUCAAAUCAACGUUCUGUACGCUUUGCAAGGCGAUACGCAAGAAGAAUUAGUGAGACGCGCUGUCUCCGAAAACCUACACAUGAUGUUGCAGUUUUACGAUCCACGAGAACCCAUUGCGGUGUGGCCCAUGCGCGGUGACCGUUACAAUCAAUAA